AUGUCGGAAGCUAGAUAUAAGCCGAAAGUUCUCAUCGUCGGCGCCGGCCUCGGUGGCCUCACCCUCGCCCAGAUAUUCCGGAAGAAUGGAAUACCAUUUGAGAUCUUCGAGCGGGACGAGAACGAAGUUGCCAGAGCCCAGGGCUGGUCCCUGACGAUGCACACUAUUUUGGACGAUCUGUUCAAGGCUUUCCCAGAUGAUAUGCCCAACCUAAGGGACGCCACUCAUCAUCUUAAUCCUCUUGACUUAGAAACUCAAGUCGUUUUCUAUUUCCAUAAUGACCGUCUUGGCACGGAAAACUCUCCUUCUACUCCUACCUUGCGUGUUAACCGUCUGCAACUCCGGCAGUGGCUAGCAACCGGUGUCAACGUCCAGUAUGGCAGGGUUGCAAAAAAGAUUGAAAGGGUAGGAGAUAAAAUGGUGGUCUCUUUUAUUAACGGCACCACCGCCAUGGGUGACAUCCUGAUCGGUGCCGACGGUGCAAACAGCAUUGUAAGGGAGCAUGUAUUAGGGAAGCCUAAUAGCGAGGUGUUGAGGAAUGUCCCGCUCAGCUCCAUAACUGGAGAGACCACUCUUACCGGUGAACUAUUCGCACGUCAGCUAGAGAUCGCACAUAGCAUGGCCAUUAUACCAGUCACCAGCGGUGACGGCUGGAACAAUCUAUUCAUGGGUCUCACCAAGAUAUCGCCAGAUGGCAAAUCAGGAGAAUUCUUCUGGGUUAUCGGGUGGCACGAUCCUCUCGCUGAGCAAACUGGCCGCGCGGCAGUCAACAGUCUUUCCAAGGCGGAACGUCUCGAACUUGCCAAGAAGAUGACCGCGCACAUGGAUCCCAAAUUCAGACGCAUCAUUUAUGAGACAGCCCCAGAAGGCGUUCGGGAGAUUGGAUGGGUUCCAACGGACUGUCAUCUUGACGAGAUACCGCUUGGAAGGGCGAUUCUGCUCGGCGAUGCUGUGCACUUGAUGCUGCCGUUCAAGGCCGAAGGAGGUAUACAUGCAAUGCGCGAUGCACUCCUCUUAGGCAAGCUAAUAACCGAGCUCGAUGCGUCGGAUGACGCUGCCAUCCACCGUCUACUCACUACAUUCUAUGGGGAAGUACUACCUCGAGGGGCUGAAGCUGUUGAGCUCUCUAGAUACUUCCAGCACAACUUUAGGAAAGAUAAGACUGGUGUUAGAGCUUGGGGACAUCCGGUCAAAAGCCUACCGGAUGAGAGACUGGAAAUUGGACCUGAAGGGGUCCGUAGCAUAUCGAAAGGCAUCUGCAAGCUAAGCCUAGUCCCAAGCAUAUAG